GUCAAAUGGUCGGGAACUUUAUUCUUUGAUAGUACAUGAAUGAGUCGGUGUGACAGUUGGUGUGAGCGAGACAAAGUUCGACAGCAAACAAUUUGGUCGUGUCAGUUUAAAUGUUCUUUAUCUUAAAUUGUUUACCCCUAAAGAUUUUUCAAGUGUCAUCCUAAUGAACCACUGCUAGAUUUAGGAUUUAAAAAUUUUAAAAAAGUAUACUCGUAUAUGAUAAUUUCAUUUUUUACAGUUUAAGAUGCCAAUCGUUAACAUAUUUAAAACUGUACAAAAUGAGGAGACACGAGGUUAAAGAAUGCCAAAAAACAAUAUCAGAAUAUUUAUCGAAAAGUGGCUUUUCCGAAGUGCCAAAUGGUAAUACACCGUCACCAUUGUCUCCAACAAAUUCAGUUGGUUCACAGGGUUCUGGUUCGAAUACACCGCCCUGUUCAUUAGUACCAAUUCAAGUUCAUGGUGCAUUUCAGCGACAAGAUAUGUUCUUUAACUACUUGGUUAUGUGUCAUGAUUUAUGGGAACUAGCAGAUGCAACUGUUAUCAAGGGAAAUCAUACAGAUUUCUUCAUUGGGCUUGAUCAUGAAAAUGGACCAAUAACAUUGCACAGCUCACUUAGCAAAGUGGUUAAAUAUGUUCACGCCGGUUUGCAAAAGCUAAAACAAAUGUGAAUUCGAUAAAAAAAAAAUUGACGAUUUUAUUUAGUUUGAAGUAACUAAAUCAUUUUCAAUUUUAUACGACAGAAAUUAUUACCCGCUGCUGUAAGGCAUAAGAAGUAAAACCAAAAUUUUACACAAAGGACAAAAUUAAUGGAAUAAGAAAAUAUUAUAUAUAAUGAUAAUUAGUGAAUUCUUUUUAUAUUAUUUCAUACUUAACAGUUUAUUUAUCAAAAACAACAAUCAAAGAAUAAAAAAUAAUUGUUAAACUUAUUCAAAUACAAUCCCAAAAAUAUGU